AUGCCCUCCCCUGAAACCUACGAUGUAACCAUCAUUGGCGGUGGCCCCGUUGGUCUGCUCCUCGCCUACCAACUCAGCCGCUUCGAACUUUCAGUCUGCGUUGUGGAAAAGCAAGACAAAAAUAGUCCAGAGGGCCGCUACGGCCGCGCCAUCACCCUGUUCCCACGGACGCUGGAACUCCUCGAUCAAUUGGACUUGGUCCAUGCAAUGCUUCAACAGGGUUUUGCUUGCAGAAGUAGAAAAGUAUGGACUUUCAUGGAGAAUAUCCAAGGAACAGUGUUUGAUUUUGCCCUCGUGCUAAGGCAAAUGUACACCGAGGGUAUAUUGAGAAAGAGGCUAGAUAAGGAAAAGGUUACUUAUCAUGGUUCUAUGGAGUGUGUUGCCUUUGAAAUCGGUCUGGACGGUAGUGAAUACCCGGUGACUGUACAUUGCUCAGGACCUGGUGGCAUGAUGACAGCAAAAAGUAAGUACCUUGUUGGAGCAGACGGUGGCCAUAGUCUCGUUCGCAGAUAUGCCAAUAUUCCCUUCGAUGGUGAUUCAUCAGAGGAUCAGUGGAUUCGCAUCGAUGGCAUAGUCGAGACGAAUAUGCCCAUAAAUCGGGCCUAUGGGGCCAUAGAAACAACAACACAUGGGAAUGUCCUCUGGGCCCCUCUUGACCACGGCGCUACCCGUAUCGGCUACGCAUACACACCCGAGAUAGCAGCCAAAUACCCGGAAGGAGUAACAGAGGAAGUUGCUGUGAACGAAGCAAUUGCGUGCUUGCGGCCUUUCAAUUUGAAGUUCAAGGAAGUGCACUGGUGGACAUUAUACAAAAUCGGCCAGCGCAUGGCUCGAACUUUUGCAACGCACAACAAUCGCGUCUUCAUCUGCGGUGAUGCAGCCCACACCCACAGCAGUGGCGCCGCUCAAGGCCUGAACACUGGUAUCCAUGAUGCCGUGAACCUCGCAUGGAAGCUGGCUUUGGAGGUGCACGGACUAUCUCAUCCCGAGGUCUUGAACACCUACACAACCGAGCGCCAGUCCGCCGUGCAGAGGUUACUCAACUAUGAUAGAGACAUCUCUCUAUUGAUGACGCAUAAAUGGCCGGUUUGGUACGAUGGGGAUCGAAGCGCGGAUCCGAAUGUUCUUCUCGGAGAGAUAUUCCAAGAUGCUGCACAAUUCAACACGGGUCUCGGUAUAAGCUACGAGGCCAACGUGAUCAACCAACCCUUGGAGCCAUCCACCGAGGUGGCUGUUGGAGUUCAACCGGGGAGUCGGGCUCCGGAUACCGAGUUGACCAUGCCAGGGACAUUCCAGUCUUGUGCGGCUCAGCCGGCUGCUCGCCGUACGAGGUGCUCGGGAUGA